AUGGUUUCAGAUGGACAGAACAAAGAUGACCUGAAGGCCGAGACCGGAGGAAUGGCACGGUCGGCCGAAAAGGUCAAGGAGGAAAACGCGGAUCAAGUUGAGAAGGGAAGUGACGAAGUCAGUCAAAAGGUCACCGAAGGUGGUGGCGCCGUCAGCAGCAACGAGCUGAUUGACGAAGGAAAGGUCAAACAGGACGACCUUUCGGAUAACUCAUUGUUCUUACAAGAAGAGAUGAAAGAGAAUGGUACCAGCCCCAUGUCAAGUGACAAGUUUUACACUGACGAUGAGGACGAAACGACGGUUCAGAUGUCCUUCCACACUGCAAUGAAGCAAGCUGAUUUGGCAGAGAUGACCUUAAAUGAAAAGCUAGAAGAGACCUUUGAGGGGACGGCGCCAGGAAGGACUGACGAACGGGAUCAAAGGUCACCAUCACCAAAAACAUCCGUAAUGAAUGGAUUAAAGCAGCGUGUCAAGGAGCUGGAACAGCUACUUGACGAGAAGGAAGCGCAAGCUUUUGCCGCGAUACGAGACCAACGCAAUAAAACUAUGAAGUCGAAGCCAGACUGUACGUGA